AUGAGUUCCUUAUUUGUUGGCUGGGAAGAUGCAAAGGGGGAAGGAAGAGAUGCCUAUACACCUCAAACCCCCGCGGUGUACACCGAGAUGCGCUUGCGAACAGAAGAGGAGAAGGAGAAGUUGCUGCAGUACUGCAGCAGCACAGCAGACGUACACUGCGCCUCCAGCUGGACAGACAUCACCCUACAAACAGCAGUUCAGGCUGUUGAGGUGGCUUCACGAUUCGCUGAUUCUGCAUGCUACUUUGACUGUGCUUACGGGGGAUUCAUUUUUGCUACUGUCGCUGCUGCUGCUGCUGCUGCUGCUGCAGGGUGUAUGGACAUGAGGAAGCGAGCAGAGACACCUCAAGAGGUGACCCUGCGAUGCGUGUUGUAUUACGAAGACCAAGGCGUCUUAGUUGGGGGUUUGCAUGCGCGAAAAGCUGCAGAGACAGCAAAAGUCUUCUCUACCCAAACUACACAAGCAAUGAGAGGCCUGCUAAAGGCCCUAGGGUUUAGGCGUCUUGGGUCGAUUCAUGUUAAGGCAGAGGACCCUCUUCACAAGCAGCCACUAUGGGGCGAGAAGAGCUGCUGGCUGGUAGAGCUGCAAGCUCGUCUUAGCAGCGAAGCAGCAACAGCAGCAGCAGAAGCAGCACUUGCUGCUGUGGCUGACGCCCUGAAGCCGUUUGUCAUGCUACGCAAACUGGAUCCCAAAGACUAUGCAGAAGCAGAAGACAAAGCCUUGCGCGCUGCUGCUGCAUGA